AAGGAAUCUUUCUUGUUGCGAGCUCUGUUAGCGACAUGUCGGUGAACUAUGCGGCCGGUUUGUCUCCGUAUGCCGAUAAAGGUCGCUGCGGGCUCCCGGAGCAAUUUGAUUCCCCGGACGAAUUGCGUCAGAAAGUAGAGGAACUAGCUGAAAUGAUACGUGAAUCCUCCUACGUUGUCUUUCACACGGGAGCCGGGAUCAGUACUUCCUGCGGAAUCCCAGACUUCAGGGGGCCUAAUGGAGUGUGGACUCUGGAGGAGAAAGGGCUGGACCCAAAGUUUGACACCACCUUUGAAACCGCAUGUCCUUCCCCUACUCACAUGGCGCUGCUGAAGCUGCAGAGGGUUGGGAUCCUGAAGUUUCUGGUUAGUCAAAAUGUAGAUGGUCUGCACGUAAGAUCCGGCUUCCCCCGGGAGCAGCUGGCGGAACUGCAUGGGAACAUGUUCGUGGAGGAAUGUAGCAAAUGUGCUAAACAGUAUGUGCGGGAUCAAGUGGUGGGAACCAUGGGGCUCAAACCUACCGGCAGGUUUUGUGAUGUGCCAAAGGUGCGAGGCCUGCGAGCUUGCAGGGGGAAACUGAAAGACACCAUCCUGGAUUGGGAAGACUCCCUGCCUGACAGAGACCUAAACCUGGCUGAUGAAGCCUGCAGGAAAGCAGACCUGUCCAUUACUUUGGGGACCUCACUCCAGAUCCGACCCAGUGGGAACCUUCCGCUCCUCACCAAGCGCAAGGGAGGGAAACUAGUCAUUGUAAACCUUCAGCCCACCAAGCAUGACAAACAUGCGGAUUUGAGAAUACAUGGUUAUGUGGAUGAGGUGAUGAUACAGCUCAUGGAGCUUCUGGGUCACAAGAUACCAGUUUGGACUGGGAUACAUACUAAAACAGAGCCAACUUAUGAGAACCAUAAGGAGGAAGAUAACUCCUACCAUAAUUCAGUGCUGGAUGCUAACCUGGACCAAAAGAGGGAAGGGUGCAAGGAAGAAUCUAAUCUUGAGCUAAAGAAGGCAAAAGUUGAACCAGCAUGUGUAUGAAACUGGUCUUCUUAGUUCAUAAAAGGUGCUAUUUUCCCUUAACUUGGCUCUAAUUUUGUUUUAUGCUGGACAUAAGGAUAUCCAUGUAUGAGCCAAGCAUGCGAUUUUAUAUAAUGUUACACACCGUGCUGUAUUUGCUUGACGUGUCUUCAUUCUUGACUGAGGCAGAAACACACAACUUUUACACAACAUUUAUCUGUGAGAGAUGUGCAUCUCGGCAUCCGCAAAGUGGAAACCGAUUUCUUUGCAUAGACAGGAUGGCUGCACAUAAAGACACUUGAUAUUGUACAUUCCUUUUUUUUCCAUUAAAAAAAAGUUUUCAGAUUUGAUGGCCAUUUCUUUAAACAGAAAUAAAAUAUAACCUUCUCAGA